AUGGCGUCCGCAAUCGCAAAGGCCUCGCGCACCGAGGCCGACUUCGAUCGCGUCCCCGUCCGCGUCGUCCGCCUCAUCCGCCUCGCCGGCGCCAGCGGUCUGGCGUACGCCGCCUACAAGAUUCACUGGCGCAUCGUCCUCGCCAGCUUCUUCACCGGCCCGGGCAAAUUCAGCCGCAUACUCAUGCUCAUCUUUGCCCUGCUGAACCUCAAGAACAUGCCCUUUGUCUGGACCUACCGGGUAUGGCACGCAAUAAUCUACCACCUCUUCAUCCGCAAAUCCCCCCGCCUCGGCCCGCGCUCCCUCUUCCGCCCCAUGAUCUCCCAAUCCCACGCCCCCAUCACCGAGAUAGACUACAACAUCCACAAGUCCAACUCAACCUACUUCUCCGACCUCGACGUCUCCCGCACCCACCUCUGCACCUACCUCCUCCGCCCCGGCUUCCGCCAACUCACCCACAAUGCGACAACAAAACUCGUACUCGACCCCAAAACCUCAAAACCCGCCCGCGGCCCGCUCGGCAUCAUGCUCGGCGCCGUACACUGCUCCUUCCGCCGCGAGAUCACGGCCUACGCCCCCUACGAGAUGUGGUCCCGCAUCCUCUCGUGGGACCGCAAGUGGCUGUACAUUGUCACGCACUUUGUCCCCAAGGGCACCGCGCGGCCGACAGAGUGGCUUGAUCCGAAAUUCGGCACCGCGCGGGUCCGGAGGAACACCAGCGGCGACGCGAGCAGCAACAGCGCGGACUGGGAGAAGAAGAUUUACGCCACGGGCGUGAGCAAGUACGUCUUCAAGAUUGGGCGGUUGACGGUGCACCCGGCCGUCGCUCUCGAGGCGAGCGAGCUGCUGCCGCACAGGCCCACCGAGGGCGGAUGGCAGGGCGGCGAGAACGGUGUCGGGGACGAGAGUGUUGAUCUGAGCGAUGUCGCCGACGACGGCGCAUGGGACUGGAAGAUGGUUGAGAAGAGGCGGCGCGAGGGGAUGAGGUAUGCUGCGCAAUUUGCUGCCAUGGAUGACCUGCAUGGAUGGCUGGACGGUGCGGAUGGCGGUGACGGAAGUGCCUUGGGCAAAUUCGGACUUGGAUAA